AUGCCCUACACUGCGUCGCAAACCCUUGUUAUCAAUGCAUCACCGACGCCAUCCGUCCAGCCGCCGCCGCUUAGCUCGACCGUCCCUCGACAUUGGGCCAACCAUCGACGUGUUUCCCUGAAGAAAGGGUCAAGCGAUACCGCUGCACAUGGCCCAUCGUCUAAGCUGUCCAACAAACCAUCCUCCGAGCUAUAUCUCAACCUGGACACUUGUACUUCACCUAUGGUACGAAAGAAAAGUGGUGAAAUUGUCAAAUCUUCCCUCAAGUGCAAAUCUGCACCUACCACUCCGACGUGUCCAAAAUUUGUCCACUUCAAUGCUGAACUGGAGCACGUGCGUCUCUUCCUCAAGGGCCAAACCCCCACGGCUGUUCACGGUGAUCCUCCGGAAGUAGAGAACGACGACGAUGAUGAUGAUGAUGAGGAGGAUGUCGGUGGUAUCAUGAUUAAAUCAAAACGUUUGGAGAUCAAGUGUUCAAAUUGGCCAGUUCCUUCAUCAUCUCUUAUGGCUAAAAUGGUGUCCGUGGAAUCCAUCAAACUGGCGCAAGAUCAGAAAUCCUUGGUUGGAAGUUGUCAAGUGGCCAACAUCUCAUUUCACAAACAGGUCCUUGUUCGAUACUCGUUCAAUUACUGGCAAGAUACCCACGAGGUGGAAGCUUCUUAUCGUGAACCCUGCGCAUCGGGGGAUGCCAGUAACUCAGCGCUGGAUCGGUUCAUGUUCAAUCUUCCCAUCCACGCCAAUCAAACCUUGUUUCUCUGUGUCAAGUACACAGUCAAUGACCGCGAAUUCUGGGAUAACAAUGAAGGUCGUAACUAUCAAGUGGAUGUAACCACUGCCGCCAAUAAGAAACAGCGUCGCAGACAACCGGUAUCGGAUGAAUUACCUAUCAGAUCGUCUUCCCCCAUGGAUUUUGGAACAUCGCCUCCCACUGUAUCCAUCAGUGAAAAUAAGAACAAAAUGUGGAACCGAUACGAUUUUGGCGCAUCCUUGUCAGCUGCUAAACGAACGAACGCUCCCACUUACAAGCGUGUACAAUCGUUCCCAUCCUACUUUUCCGAUGUUACUCAAAUGGAUGAUAUGAUGAAACAACCGCCAGUUCAAGUAACCUCCUACAGAGACAAUACCACGUCUGCCCCCAUUGCUAUACCUCGUCCUGCUCCCGGAACGCCCAGUUACUUUGAUCUUGUCAAUAAGUAUUGCUUCUACGGCAAUGAACACAAUUCAUCUAUCUAUUCCACAUCCCCUAGCUACUCUUCCUCCCCGGCUAUCCGUGGCUAGAACCUUUGCUUCAGGGCAGCAGCAGCAGUUUUGGU